GAGAGUUUAUGGGUGUGUAGUAAUAAAGAAUGGGGGAGAAAAAAGAAAAGACAGGUGCAAAAAAACAUAAGGGCCAACUCUCAUCUCUCUCAUUUUGUAAGAAUUAGAAGGCAAAGUUCUCCCUUCCUCUUUUCUCUCUUACCCAAAUGAAAAUUCUUUCUCCUCUCUCACCAUCAAGUGGUCUGUCUUCUUCAAUUUGCUUAAUUUGUUCAUGCAAGAUUCAAAGACCUCUCCCUCAAGGAAACCUUGGUAUCAAAGAGCAAUAGAGAUUGCAACACUAUGGAAAACAAUUCCAAAGUCAAACGGAUUGGAGAUCUCCACAACGAACAUUGUCUUACGAAAAACGAUUCCCAAAUCCAAUGGAUUAGAAGUCCCAACAAUAAAUACAACAUUAUGGAAAACUAUUUCCAAGUCGUCAGAUAUCUCUCAAACCAACUCCAAUAGAGAAAAGUUAAGAAAAUGUACGUCUCUUAAGGUUGCUACUUCCUUUACUCGAGUUUGUUUAUGUGCACCAAUUUCUUCUUACAACGAAGCUUUUCGAGCUGAUAUCAUUCCUCCUAGAAGAAGUAAUACUUAUCCAAGAACAUCAAAACCUUGUCUUACUGCACAAGAAACAAUCUCUAUUACUCCUCGACUUAGCAUAGAAGGACGGAGAUUUUUUCGUGGAAAAUCUUUGACAGAUGAUGUGUUGAUGAGGAGAUUUGUUGUGGAAGAGGAAGCAAUGUUGCAAGUUAGGAGACGAAAUCAAAUGGAAGUUAUUAGGAGGAGAACAUUGUCAAGGAGAAAAAAGCUUGGGCCUAGUCCUCUUAGUAAGAUGGUAAUGGCUGAAAAAGAAGAAUGUUAAUUGAGAAAAAAGAGAGAGAGAGAGAGAGAGAGAGAGAGAGAGAAUCAA